CAGUAUUAGCUGACGAAUUUUUAUUAAACAAAAGAAAACUGUAAGAAAAAAUAAAUAAACAAAUGGAGCGUCCAUCUUCAUCUGCCAUGCAAAUAAUCUAUGCGGAAUUGGCAGCCGCCAAAGCGCAAAUUGUACGACUGGAAGAGGAAAAUAUUUUACUGCGACAUCGCAUUAAUAGAGCCUCCACCGAUCAUCAUUCAAAUGCCUCCGUCCAUGUAGAGGCCAAAAUUAAGGCUUUUCAAUUGGAGGAAGAACGUGAUCGCAUAUUAGAUACCCUGCAAAUACAUAAGAAAAAGUACAACACUUUGCACAAUGCCUAUUUGGAAAAGGUUACGCGUUGCAAGGCCCUGGAGGAAAUGUUUAAAAGGCAGAAGACACUAACUGGAUUGGUUAUGAAAUCGGCAGUGGAUCAACGUAAUGCAGAACAAAAAAUUAUGCUUGAAAAGCGUAAAUCAGCUCAAAGUGAACGCAGUGAAGUGGAGGAAUUACAAGCAAAAUUGAAUAAAGUUCAAAAAGCCCUCGAUGAAUCAUACGAUAUUAUUGACGAAAUGGAUUUUGAACUAGAAAGCGUCGACUUACUAGAAAUGCAAAAUCAAAGCUUACGUGAUGAGAUUUCAGCACUUAAAAUCAAAUUAGAAAAAGCCCAACAUCAGCAGGAGCAGCAGCAGCAACCUACUGCGCCUAUUGCCCAUGAGGAAGAUGACGAUCCUCCACCCAAAUACGAAGAGGAGGAUGCCAAUGCUCAUCGACGAUAUCGCCAACAUGUGGCCUCAUCCACUUGUGAGUGUUGCUUAAAGGACGAUGAUGCUGAUCCAGAAACCAUUGAAAGAGCUGCUUUAACAAAUAGCCUCAUUGAAACCGUUGAGGCGGAAAGUAAUACACUCCGACGAGAGUUGCUUAGAUCAAGAUAUCAACGGGCAAUACGAGCCAAAUUGGACAAACUAAGCGAAGAUGAAGCCCAAGAUUGACAAUGCGAUAAUAUCUUUUAAGAAAUGACAGUACAAGAUCAGGGCUUUAAUCAAAAUAAAAGUACAAUAAAGAGGAUUCUAUAUUUUUCCAAA